AAUAUUAAUUUUCUAGUUGACGGAGGUUGGUCAUCUUGGGGAGCCUGGGACAGGUGUACUGUGACAUGUGGUGGUGGAAAUCAAGCUCGACAGCGGUCAUGCACCAAUCCUCCUCCACAAGGGGAUGGCCAUGAUUGCCAAGGAAUGCUUUCUGAGUCCCAGUCAUGCAACAUAAACAGUUGUCCAAGUAAGAAGGCCCUUAAGCCUCGCAAUCAUAAAGGUUAUAUUAAUUUUCUAGUUGACGGAGGUUGGUCAUCUUGGGGAGCCUGGGACAGGUGUACUGUGACAUGUGGUGGUGGAAAUCAAGCUCGACAGCGGUCAUGCACCAAUCCUCCUCCACAAGGGGAUGGCCAUGAUUGCCAAGGAAUGCUUUCUGAGUCCCAGUCAUGCAACAUAAACAGUUGUCCAAUUGAUGGUGGCUGGAGCAAAUGGAGUCAAUGGAGUAUCUGUACUAAGACAAUCAGUGGCAUACAAGCAAGAACAAGAGAGUGUGCUAAUCCAGAGCCAGCACAUGGUGGAAAGAAAUGCAAUGGAAACAAAGCAGUUGUGAGGGAGUGUAACAACAUAUCCAGCUGUCAUGAAGCAUUUCCACUACGCUUUCAGUCAGGAGAGAACCCAUCUCGUGGCAUAAUGCAAAUCUACAAGAAUGGUAGCUGGCAAAAACUUUGCACCAGAAGUUGGGAUACAUAUGAAGAAAACUUGACCUGCAAGGCCAUGGGUUACUCAGCUAACAAUGUUGGUUAUGAUAAUGGCAUGUGGCACACAGACAGCAGCAAUACUUCAAACACAUCAAUCCACUUUAAUUGUACAACACUAACAGAAUGCGGGAGUAACAUUGAUAGCAAAACACAAUUAACAUGUAAAGGUAAUUAAUUGAUGUAUGACUUAGCCUGGCCCAACUUUGUGUUUAAUGUGUUAAGUCUAAUUUGGUACAAAUUACCAUCCCCUCUAUCUGCCUUAAUUUCUUAGUUUUAUGCAGUGAGUUCUCAUUGAAUACCGUAAACUUCCAAAAGUAACAACCCCCAAAAGUAGCGACCCCCUGAAAAAAGUGACCCCACCGAAAAUAGUGAGACCGAGGUUCAAUAGUCGAGCGAAAGUUACCAUACCAUCACUUGAUUCGAGGUACUCUUCAACGGGAAGGUAUCGCUCUUGCACAAAGCCUUGUGAAAUGUCAAUUCGAUUCAUGCUUUGUCAAUUCAUGUUGUGCUGUGUUAAAACAAAAACUGUAGAAUUUUCAUUCACUAACAGGAAUGUACUAACAGAACUUUUCUGUAAAUUAAAAUUGACAACGCUGUAUCAUUUUCAAUAAGAGCUAAUUAAAAGGAACCUUUAUUACGUGGAUGAGAAGCAACCGCGUUAGAAAUUGGGCUGCUUUGUUUUGUUUUUUUGCUUCAGGGUAGUCGUAAAUUGCGACGCAAGUUGUUAUUGGCUACAGGUAAUUACAUUGUAGCCAAUGGUAGCUCCUGUUGUUUUCUAUCCAGAUUCAAGGUUGAUUUUGUCGCAACAGGAGGGCUUCAUGUGGUAAGCUCCGAGACGGCUCCACGGGAUACACAAACCCUCAACUUGUCGCGAAAUGUGAGCAAAUUUUAUGCGUGACAAGUUGUGAGUUUGAUGAACGAGCAGCAAAUCCAAAAUUUGUUGCUCAAAGUAGACCUGCUCUCUAACUAUUCGCAACAACAAAGUUGAUCACGCAAGGUGAAAAACUCGAAACAUCAGCCAAGUUGAGAGUUUUUGUAUCGAAUAUAUCGUCGCCGCCUUUAAGCGGUGAUAUACGAGAUACGGAUUUUUGUUUCUCGUAUUUCGCUGCCUUUAGAACAUAGCAAAACACCUUCAUUUUUUUUUGUAGUGCACGUUAGGUGGACUGCAUGUGUUCAAAGAAAAUUUGAAGGUGUAUAAUAAAGAACCAUCGAAAUAACCUCUUGUUUAGUUAUUAGUAUAAACGUUGAUUUCGUUGUUUUGAGCUUAAUACAUUUUCGUAUUGCUUCGAUUUGAAAUAAUUAUAUUUAAACCCGAACAAGCGUUUUGAACGCUUGAGGAAGGACUUGUUGUUUACCCUGCAACUUACUUCAUCUGACCAAAUGUCUCAAAUGUAUGUUGUUUAUGCUUCCAGAUCAGACAGCAGCGUCUUAAGAAACUAGCACUCAUUUUUAAGAACGAGCAAAGCCAUGCAUAGCAAGCCGAAUGAGAACUGUACGGCUCGUAGAAAACACGGAGUGACAUUCGCAAUAAACUGUUCAGAAUAAUAGAAAACAAUAUGUUGAUUCAAGAGGAUCCAUGUGUUGUAAUUCGAUUCAGGCGACUCGUAUGCAAAAAGCGUUCAGAAAAUUACCAGCGUUCUGAUUUCUUUUCUCACGUAGAAAGAGCGUGUUUGUUUGCUCGAGGUCGUUUUAUCUAUAUCUGAAUGAAAAGUUGUUUCUUUUCCAGUAUAAGUGCUGUUUUAAAACGAGAUUUUCAAGAUGUUCAUCCCAAGAAUUUGCUGGCUUUACGUUAAUUGUUUCGUCACAGCUCUCUGAAUAUAUUUACAUUACCUAUCAAUGCAUUAAGGGAAGUCUCUGAAUUUUGCUCUCUAUGUGACUCCUAUCAAGCCAAGAUCACACAAGUCAUCAGGAGCUUUUUUAUAUGUGAGAAAUUCCCUUCACUCUUGUAUUUACUUGUCUUUAUUCCCGAUAUUUUAAGAUCGUGUGACCGCAAGUUUGUUUUUCACUUCUGAGCACGUGCAAGGUGUCGCAGAAGAAUCGUCGUAAAUGUUAUCGUAG